AUGAUGGAUGGUACCGAAGGAGAGGGCGUCGAGCAAGGCUUGAGAGGCAAGGAUCAUGGGGAUGAGAAUGUUCCGCCAGCCAAGAAAUCGACGCAUGGCCAAACAAAGAUUUGCGACUACGGGGUGCGCAAAGGUCUAAGCUACCGAAGUGCGGGCGCCAGCGCAUCAAGGAGUGAAAGACGUGAAUUGCGUGAAACGGAGGCGAAUACAAGGACGUGGUGCAUUUGGGUCUUUGUGCAAUUUACUGGGACUGCUGAUACAUGGGAAGAGGAAACCAUCGAUGAUAAUCUACAUAUGGGAACUAUUCCGCCGCUGCAAUCGGAAGAAAAGAAGCAAGAGAGCACUGUUUCAAUUGCAGCUUUGCAAAAACCAAAAUGCGAAAGACAGCCCUUGGCUACUCUUUCACCAGAGGCUAUACAACGGCGAAGUGACGAAGUUACAGAUGAAAGUACCAGUAACAGUGACGAGACCUCAGAGAAAGGAACUGAUAAUGAUAACGGCAGCUGCUCAACUGAAAAGUCUAGUAGCGCCGAUAAG